AUGAAGAACGGCCAUUGCGGGUCUCUUGAUGUGAAUUUCCGGGCUGUGCUUCACGUUUCCCAGAUUGUAGCUCGGCAGAUGAUUGCGCAGGGGGUGCCAGGCGCUAUCGUGAACGUCUCCAGCCAGGCCUCUCAGCGCGCGCUGCGGGACCACGCCGUGUACUGUUCCACAAAAAGUGCUUUGGAUAUGCUGAGCAAGGUAAUGGCCAUGGAGCUGGGACCCCACAAGAUCAGGGUGAACACUGUGAACCCCACCGUGGUGAUGACCAACAUGGGGAGAAUUAACUGGAGCGACCCUCAGAAAUCUGCUGCCAUGAUCAGCCGGAUCCCGCUGGGGAGGUUCGCAGAGGUGGAUGAUGUGGUGAACAGCGUUCUCUUCCUCCUGAGUGACAGGAGUGCCAUGACAACCGGCAGCUCGCUGAUGGUUGAUGGGGGGUUUCUUGUCUCCUAAGAGGACACCUGCGUCUCACACCUGGCCUUAAUUUCCAUACUAACACUGCAUAGAUGUAAACUGGAUAGAAAACCGUGACCCAGACCCAGUCCUGCUGGAGAAAAGGGGCAGCAGGGCUGGAACCUGUAUGAGAACUGAGACACAAAAUCACCUUUAGAAGGCUGCUAUGUAAUAAAUCUCACAUACGCCGUCAUGGAGAAUGUUUAUUG